ACACUUUAAAAUGGAUGUAUUGCAUAGUGACAAAAUGGAGAAGUUAUGCUCAACAUUACGAAGGAUAGAUGGAUAAAAGCAAUAUAAUUUUACAGCGAAGAGCAACGUUCUAAAUUAACUUUGUUUAGUUGUUGUAUGUUGUAUAUUUUCUACAAUGCAUUUUAGUGUAAUAUAACAAUAACAAGUUUUUAAAUAAGAUACAUUUUAUACAAUUUUUAUGAUUGUAUCAUUAGAAGGAUACAUUACGUACUAUUUUUAAUUUUUUGUAACCUAUUUUAUUCUAUUUGUAUUCUUUAUAAUUUUAUAUUUUGAAUUUUGCACACAAUGGUAGAAGAGGUUGUUAAUUCCACUAAUAAACCAAAGAACAAAACUGCUAGACCUCGUCCUGUUUAUUUAUGGAAUGUGUUAGAUGUACAAAAAUGGUUGAGGAGGCAUUGCAGUGAUUAUUAUCAAUUAUACCAUGAAAAGUUUCUAUAUAUAUUAUUUCUCGGUUGUUUAUUUGCACUGGGCAGCGGUGCCAUUGAAUCGUCGGAACCAAAGUUAAGCAGCAAAUUAACACCGGUGAACAGUCCAUCGUACGAGAAUAACAUCAAAGAUUUAACAGCGUCUGCGAGCGAUCGAAUUCCAUUGGUUCCAGCGUUUCACCUUAGCAAAGAGUACGGUCAACCUACAGGAUACGGUGGAGGCGGACCAUAUGGAAGUUAUCUUGGUGGUUCGAUUUAUGGUCCUGGCACGGUAUAUCGUGGGACAGGCUUGAGCUCGGGAUAUCUAAAUCCAGGCUAUAGAGGCUAUCCAGUGGGUGGGCCAAGUGGAAUUAUCGGGGGCGGCCAUAUAGGGUACGGCUAUUACGGAAACAUUGGGUACAAUCCGGGAUAUAGAGGCUACGGAUACGGUGGUUACGGGGGUUACGGAGGAUAUGGUGGAAACACAUUAGGGGGCUAUGCUGGGUAUGGCAGUGGAUAUGCUUCAGGUGGUUACGGUUCUGGUACCUACGACGAUGGAUACUAUGGGUAUGGUGGACGCGAUAGUUACGGACGUUACGGUGGAUUAGAUGGUUAUGGACGUUACGGUGGAUUAGAUGGGUAUGGUUAUGGAUAUGGAACUGGAUAUAGUGGGUACGGAGGAUCGAAUUAUGGAUCCUCGUAUAACGUAAGAAGCAACUACGAUCCGUAUCGCAGCACCAAUUAUGGAAGCUACGUUGGUAAUCCAUCGGGAUACAGAGGCUACUCUUAAGUAGAACGAGGAGUAUCGUAGUUUACAAUACAUUUUGCCUUUUUAACAAAGGAUGCAGUGCAAUCAUUACAGCAGUAUUUGCCAAUACUGGGUUUAACUGUGUAUGUGGCGUGCGAAGUUUCAUUAAUAUUAAUAUUAGCUAUUAAUCUGUAUUAACAUUGGUAGAUUGUCAUUUUGUAUUAUUAUGAUUGAUAUUUCGUGAAUAAUGUAUAUGAUAAUAAUAAAUACAGAUCGGUUAUUAAA